UUUGUUAGCAUAGAUUCAAGUGGGCUUAAAGUGAAUUAUACGGAUCCUAGUGAUCAUAAAGCUGUUGUAAUUCGAGCCAAUAAUCCAAUUCCUUCACAAUGCGGAUUAUUUUACUUUGAAAUUGAAAUUAUAAAUGAAGGAAAAAAUGGAAUGAUUGGAGUAGGAUACUGUACAAAACAAAGUAAUAUAAACGAUUUCAUACUUGGAAUUGCAAGUUAUUUACCUAAUAAUUUAGAUGAUUUAAAAAAUAAUUUGUAUCCUUGCAUUGGACUAAGAUCACAAGACGCGUCUGUAGAGGCGAAUUUUGGAUGUAAAAAGUCAAUGACUAAUGAUUUUAUUGGUAAAGAAUUAUGGGAAGCAUGCUGGAUCAAUUCUAAAACCUUUGACCAAUACGUAGACGAAUUAAAAAAUAAACCAAAUGAUACAUUUGCACUAAUUUCUCGAGGAAAAGCUUACUUAAUUAUAGGCAAAUACAAAGAAGC